AUGGCGUCGUCGUCCUGCGGCGUCGCCCUCCUCCUCUUCCCCACUCCCGCUGGACCCUGGUUGAAGACUGCAUCUGUGAGAUUGUUGCGAGAUGGCGGUUUCCGGCCAUCCCAAGUACUGCUGUCUGGGUACUCAGAAACUGUUGCCCCUUUGAUUCAGAGGUUCUACUCGGCGCCCAUUGAGGGGAUCACUAGCAUCAGAGAUGGCGAGGUCUCAUAUCAGGAUGCCACUACUCUGCCCCGUGGUGGUGAGCUCAGUCAUAGCAGCCGGCCAGUGAUGAAACGGUUCAAGAAUUAUGGACCCAAGGAGCGACAUGGACCUUCUCAGAAGGGUCACCAUCAUGAAACGAAACUGCCAGGAAGUGGCAGGGAUGGUGGAUCUUCUCGGAAGGGCAGCCACCAUGGAACGAAAUUGCCAGGCAGGGAUGGAUCUUUUCAGAAGGGAAGUCACAUUGAAAAGAAAUUGCCAGACACACCCUUCAAACCUUUUCUUUUCCAGAUUGUAUUGGAUGCUUCUACGAGUUCUCUUGUGCCUGUACUUGAUGCAUGGGUGAAAGCUGGUAACCGUGUGGAAAGAGAGAAAGUCAAUAUGGUUUUGUUCCAUCUGAGGAAGCAGAGAAUGUAUAACAAGGCUUUGAAGUUCAUGGAGUGGAUCGACAGAAGAAAACUAUUAAAUUUUGAAGAACGUGAUUAUGCUAGCCAUCUUGAUUUGAUAGCACGGAACCAUGGUAUUGAAGCUGCUGAAAAGUACAUCGAGAGGGUCCCAGAAGCCUUCAGGAGUGAGGUGCUUUAUGAAACUCUGCUUGUUAACUGUGUGUGCCGUGAUGAUGCCCAGAAGGCAGAGCAAGUCUUCAAUGAAAUAAGGGAACUCUCUUUGCCUUUAACUAUCUCUGCUUGCAACCAGAUGUUAUUGCUGUACAAGAGGGUUUCUCGCAAUAAGGUGGUUGAAAUUCUCACGUUGAUGGAAAAGGAAAAUAUAAAGCCUUCUCUAUUCACUUACAAGCUCAUGAUUGACUUGAAAGGGCGAUCAAAUGACACAUUAGGCAUGGAAUCAGUCUUAAAUAUGAUGAAAGAAAAUGGUUUUGAGCCAGACUUUGGCAUCCAGACUAUGGUUGCUAAAUUCUACAUAUCUGGGGACCUUGCAGAGAAAGCAGAAGAGGUUAUCAAUGCUAUGGAGGUAUAUGUAAAGGAUAAUCGUCAUGCCAUCAGGUCCCUUCUUGACCUCUAUGCUAUUCUUGGAAGGCCAGAUGAUGUAGAGAGAAUAUGGAACUUGUGCACUGAACCGAAGUUGGAGGACUUCUUGGCUGCAAUUAAGGCAUGGGGUAAACUUGGACAUAUCGAAAGAGCGGAAGAGACCUUUGACACGUUGGUAAAGACAACACCGAAGCUCACUUCCAAGUACUUUAAUGCUAUGUUGUACGUGUAUGCGGAAAAUGAACUUCUGGACAAAGGCAAAAAAUUUAUAGAAAGGAUGUGUUUGGAUGGGUGUCCAAGCGGCCCUCUUACCUGGGAUGCAGUUGUCAAGCUUUAUGUGAAUUCAGGUGAGUUGGCAAAGGCCGACUCGUUUCUGGUGAAUGUCACAGAAGAUAAUCCUGACAGAUAUCCCCUUUUCCGCUCAUACAUAAUAUUACUGAAGGCAUUCGCAGAAAAGGGCGAUAUCCAUAAUGCGGAGAAGAUAUUUAAUAGGCUAAAACAGACCGGCUACCCUGCGAGAACUCUGCCUUAUAAUUUGUUACUUGCAGCUUAUGCCAAUGCCCAGGUUACACCCUAUGGGUUCAGAGAGAGGAUGAAAGCCGACAAGUACAGCCCGAGCAAGAUUCAGAUUGAACGAUUGAACCGUCUCGACAGCUUGUAG